AGCUUCGAUUGGGUUCGUUUCUUCAGAGUUCAGAAUCUCGUUGGGACUUGGGAGGGACGAAGAUCUCGUUGCCUCUAAGCCAUGGAUCGUCGUAAUCGUGGCUCUUCUUCUUCCGCUACUUCUAGGGUUUCGAAUACGUAUGGGAAUCGCCAGACCUCUGAUAACCCGAGGACUGGAUCCGGCGGCGGAGCUAGUGAUUCCUUACGGAGAAGAUCCGAUGCACCACCCAAACGAAACAAUGACGAAGACGAAUCAAACUAUAAGGAAGGAGAUCCUGCUGACGUUUCCUUCAUCAUAGGAACUUGUUCUUCUAUGUGCCCAGAGAGGGAAAGAGUCACAAGGGAACGCCUGCGUGAUCUUUCAGUGUUUGAGAGGCUUUAUGGAAACCCCUCAAAAUCAUCCACAGAUCUAGCUGUCAAAAAGUUUUGUAGAACUCUUUCAGCAGCGGAUGUUCAGGCAUCGGAUGUAAGACCGCUCCCAGUUUUAGAAGAAACCCUAACAUACCUUCUAAGUUUGCUUGACUCCAGGGAGCACCCGUUUGAAGUGGUUCAUGAUUUUAUUUUCGAUAGGACAAGGUCUAUUAGACAAGAUCUUAGCAUCCAGAAUCUAGCCAAUGAGAGAGUGAUCUACCUUUACGAGGAAAUGGUUAAAUUUCAUGUCAUAUCUCACAAGAGGCUUCAGAGUUGUAGUGGUACAAGUAUUAGCUCAAUGCAUCACUUGAACAUGGAGCAACUAGCAAAAACUCUUACCUCUUUGUAUAAUAUAUAUGAUGCAAAUAGGAAACCGGAUUAUAUCUACGAAAAUGAAGCCGAGUUCCGCUCAUUCUAUGUGCUGCUUCAUCUCAAUUCCAGUAGUGGAGUGAUGGGGGAACCGCUGUCUCUAUGGUUUCGCAAGUUAACUUUUGCUUUAGUAAAAUCCAAGGAAAUAUGUUUUGUACGAAAUCUUUUAAGAUUAUAUCGGAUGGGCAAUUACAAGAACUUCUUAAGUAGAACAGCUUCUGAGGCGACAUACUUACAGUAUUGCAUAAGUGAACCUUAUAUUAGAGAGAUGCGAUCAGUCGCUGUCCAAUACAUAAACAAUGUUUGCUACAAGCUUCAACCUUAUCCUCUCUUGCGGUUAUCUCAGAACCUGCUGAUGAAGUUUGUAUAUUUCAGGAGUUGGAUGUUGAAUCUCUAUGCCAUGAGUGUGGUCUUGAGACAUGUACUGAUCCUGAUGGGUUCACUGUGUUACCUGCGAAGCAGUCAACCUUUCGUAAUCCAGAGGACAAGUUCAAAGUUUAUGAUUUGAUUGGAAUUGAACGGAUUGAAAAGUAGUUUUGAACCUCUGGUUUGUUGUUUAUGUGUAAAUGCUUCAUACUCUCUUCUUAUAAGAAGAAAUUGAAUUUCUAAAACACCAAAGUUAUAUGAUCUUAGCAAUCAAAUAGUAUAAUGUGUUUUUUUUGCUCUUCUAACCAUGUCUGUUGCAUCCUUUUGAACCUUGAUGUCAAAGAUUUUUCUAUAUUUCAAGUAGUCAAGAAUUAUUCCUAAA